AAUUCUAUUCUAGAUGCUAUAUAUACCUAUUAUCUAGAGUACUAUGUAAUUGAAGUAUAUAUAAAGCAUAGUUGAUGUCGUGUCAUUUCUUGUGGUUUGUCUGGAAGGACUCAAGUCAAUUCUCGAAGAUCUAUUUUAGUCAGGCAUAUAAUCUAAUCUGGACAUUCUAUUACAUGCUAAUAUAGGCACCAGGAUUGUUUACGCAAUCAAUUGUAAUACACUCUGUAUGUUACUUGGAUUCUAUGUUACAGACCAUCCAGCCGAUAACUGGGAUUAUAUGCUGGCUCUUCAUGAUUCAAUAGUCAUGGCCAUUCGGUUCUAAAGUGAUAUCAUAAUCAUUUUUAAUGGAUACGCUUGACAAAUCAAUGACAAGAGUGGAUAAAGGACAUUUUUUACAAGUGCUCUGAGAAAACGGAUCAUGCCAGUAAAUGAAACUUGUUGGUUUUUUGUUUUAUUGCUUGGUGCUUAGAUUCGUUACGUCAUUUCGUGAGCGUUCUUUGACAUCGUUGUUAAUCUCAAGCUGCAAUAGGUUUCCAUUUGGGUUAUAUGGAAAUCUCCGUGAGUGCCAAAAGUUAAAGAGGUCUCACUCCCCCCGUAGAGCGUUGCUGCGGGCACUGACAACUCAGGUGCUACGCCACGGUAGAAUAAUAACCACACUAAAUAAAGCAAAGCAGACGAAGCCGCGCGUAGAAAGGAUUAUCAAGUAUGCAAAGCACCCUAACACGCGCCACGCGCGAAUACUGAUCAAUAAGUGGUUAUAUGACCGAGAAUUGGCAGAAAACGUUCUGAAACUAGCUCCUAUUCGUUUUAAGGAACGCCACGGGGGCUACUGUCGCAUUAAACGGCUAUCUUACAGUACUGUUGGUGACAAUUCCAAGCGAGCUAUUCUAGAGCUCCUGGAUUACUAACAGGAAUAUAGUCACCCCAAAGCCUGGCUCACACUUUAGUACUCAAUCACCUAGUUCAUGGUGAUAUCAAGGUAAUAUUAGCCAUGUAGAUGUAGUGGCAACCUGGUACCCAUGGUGUUCAUGUUAACGAUUAGUAUAACUUCAUUUCGUGCUCCAUAUCCUGGGA